CUGUCACCAAAACGCAACAAUACACUACACGAUUCACGGUCAACUUAUCUCCUAUCUGUUUACGAUUUCAAUUUCUAUUUUUACCAGUGUAAUCUAUUUUUUAUAUAAAUAUUAAGACUGAUCUAACAAGAAAAUGAAGCAAAAACCACAAAAUACAGCGAGAUAAGUACAAAUUUAUUUAUAGAACCUCACAGGUUAACUUUGGGAUAGGUCAUCGAGAUUCUUUGAACACUUUCUGGUAAACAAUGAACAUAACAAGAUUGCAUGUGACAAAGCAGCUUCUAAAUUACGUACGACUUAUGAAUAACGUUCAAAGGCUACAGAGAUUGAAUCCAAGCUGUGGUUAUUACUCCACAUUUACAUUAGAUGCAUUUACAAGCGAGAUAUUUGAAAGGCAUAAGUCAUUAAGAUAUCAGAACAAUGACUUUCCUGAGACGAGAGUACAGCACUACACGUCCGCCCAUGAUGCUGGAAGUCUACCCAACCUAACAAGCACGGAGCUGGAGAAUGUAUUUUCCGAUCUACUUACUAAAAACAAACACACAGAGAUUGAAGAACUGGUUGUAAAAUGUCAGAAUUAUCGUAAACUUCUAACAUAUGCUACUGUUAAAAAGCUCUUUAGAUACUACAGCAUGAAUGGCAAGCCUCAGAUGGUUGCUAUAUUACAAAAUUACUGUGCAACAGUGGAUCCUAAGUCCUACAGAACAAAUGGAGAGUUUUUACACUAUUUAGCAAAAGCAGAAUGCAUUAAAGGUAACUCUGAAAAAGGGCUGUCAAUACUAAAGAGUUCUUAUAAGAAAUAUACUAGUCUAAGGAGUUUUUAUAGGAUAAUAUUUAGAGAAUUAAUACAAGACUCAGUAUUGAAUAGAUCGGAAGCGUCUUUAGUUAUAUUUAAGAAGUAUGUAAUGGAGUUUAGUGAAGAAUGGUCAGACCAUUACCCGCUAGUCUGCUUCUGGCAUAUUUGUUGGGCGAGCUCUUGGUUUUCUGACCAGAUGUUGGGCAAUGAACUUCUGGAGAUGUCUGAUGUUCUUCUGGAUAUUGUAGCAGACAAAGCUACAGCAUUCAGCAUAAUGGCACUAAAAGAUUACAAUGAAGAUGCAGUUGUCAGACUGUUGCAAACACUCCUCAAGUAUGACAUGAUGAAGGAGUAUGUGGCCGUUCUUCAAGUAUUUUUCAAUUAUAAGUUAAGGAACAGAGAUAUUCGUGGGUGUACAGAGAUUAUAAGAAACUGCGAAGCUCUCGGUGUGAAGCUACCUUCAGACCAGCAAGGCCGGUACAUCAAGAUGCUCAUAACCGGCGGGAAGACCAUGUUGCCCAAGGAACCCGCGAAGACAGCAUCUAAAGACUUCAAACUUAAGUUUUAGUAUUUUUCUACAGUUCCUUUUAGAAUCGUGUGUAAAUAAUAUUUUGUAUUGUA